GUGACAAUGCACUGCCGUAAUCAGACCCCUGUGUGAAUUGGACUGUGAUAAAUGAAGCGAAACAGUUAAAGGUUUAGGUUUUCCUUUUUCGCAAUUCUCAAAGCUUCUUUAAGCUUGAAACUGAUGAAAUUUUGAUCAUAAACGUUCAAGUUAUCGAUUUGCAACAUGAGUGCAUCACUAGACAUUGACAAGAUCGACGACAUCCUGGAGAUGGCAAACACAAUGGCGACACUAAAAAUUUCGUCCAAAGGGCUGAAAACGUUGGACCAAAUGAAAGCAAAAGUGAAAGAGACACUCCAUUCGUCAGAGAAGAAGUCAAGUUGGACGGCAAAGGAGGCCUUUUCAGUGUUGACGGAGGCAAAGAAAGAAGACGAGAAAAAACGAGCAACCUUGCUCAAUUUCUACGAACACAUGGAUGUUUGCUUGCAGAGUAUGGAUGAAAAAGUUCAUGCCCUUUUGGAACAGAACAUCGGAAACCUCAAGGAAAAAAUAGCUUCCCACAAACAAAAUCUGCUGGGAAAAGAGUACAUUGUUCUUGUUGCAGGUUUGUUAUAAAUAAACAAUUUGACUGCCAUUGCUUUGAAAUUUUAGUUUCGCCAACUUCCUCACCCAAGAGACUUAAAUUCAAGACUGACAAAGAAAAGAAGGCCUCAUUCAGUUAUUAUACUAAUCCAGCCUCAGCUAAUUAGUAAGCUAAUGAUCGAGCCAUGAAUUAAAUUAAAACUGUAUUUCUAUGAGGGAAUUGUACUCAGUAUAUUUCAUCCUCCCUUAAUUGUGCUUUCGUGUAAUGUACUCCCUUAAGUAAUAUUAACUGUUUACACCCUAAGAUCAGUUUGCAUAUUCCCCAUACUGUUCUUUAUACAUUUCCAAGGGUAUUGACAAGGAGACUUUGGUUAACAAUCAUGAGCUCCUUUACUUGAUGAUCAUUUCCUUAAUUCCCAUGACCUGAAUAUGUGAAUAAGAGGUGACCUUGUAAGGAGAAGUUAGAUGUUUGUCACUCUUAAGGGUUAUAGGGUUAACAGUAAGACCUUAAUGACUAAUAU